AUGACCGGGAUGGGGGAAAACGCUGCAGACCUGUUGAACAACAAAGCUGGUGCCAAGUUCUACGAUGCGAGAAUCUACAACUACUCCCAGUUUGUCAUACUGCCAAAGCAAUCGGCCAUAUAUGUGGUGGAAAACAAGGUAACUUUACUCAAACUGGAUAUGACAACGUUCUUCCUGUUAGAUAGUUACACAUUGCCAACACCGCAGAAAAUUAUUCCAACAUGCCAGGAUUCGCUGACCUGUCAUCAAGCGAAGGAAAUCAGUCUCUUGGCCGUGAUGCCAAAUGAUCAGAUGGUCUGGUUCUGUUAUUUGCAUUAUUAUGAACACAUCAAUCGACCACCACAGUGUGCGGAAAGCGCUUGCAUGGUGCCACAGCCGGGUAAUUUGGCAGAACCGGUGGUCCAAUGGGACAAUCCGCAUUUCAAUUCUUUAGACCCAACUCAGUUGGCCAGUGUGUUGAAUGCGAACGAUGGAUUCACCUACAUAUCCGCAUUUGCCCCGGACUAUUUACGCAUUUUCCGCGCUCACAUGCCUGAUUGGAAUGGUCGAGUGAAUUGGACCGGGGCUCUGGUCACCGAUAAGAGUCGUAUCUACAUUGCAGAACCUGCUCGGAUUCUCCUUACUUUUGAGACUACCAAUGAAGUGUAUUUUGUGCUACGCGAACAGCUGAUUGAUUCACUUCGUGGUUCUCGCAACGGUGCACACAAGGGGGCAGAACCUGAGGGGACCGUAUCUGAUGUGGCUCGUUUGAUACGGAUCUGCAAAGGAGAUCGCGGUGGGCUUCCACAACGAAGUGCGGAGACUUUUGGUACAUUCGCCAAGGCCGAUUUGCAUUGUGCCGCGGCAGACGAGUCAGGUGGUCAUUUCACUUACACACAUCUACAAGCAGUGCAUUGGGAGAACACUACAGAACGACUGUUUGCGUCAUUUGGGACGGAAAGAUGGGCUCCAGUUGGAAGUGCGCUUUGUGUUUACAGCAAACAUGAUAUCGAAGAAGCGUUCAGUGGUCCUCUUCUUCAAUCCAUCAUUCCAGGAAGCAAUCAGGAUCCAACACCUUUUCCAAACUCGUUUCCCAACAUUUGUCAAAGGUUCAAUUCGAACAAUCUCACCUCGAAAGAACUGGCCAAGGGCCGCCGUAUUUCACUCACAUUCCCCAACCGGAAUAAUCCGAUACAACCAAUGUACAAAAAGGCCUUAAUAGUCCAAACCGGAGUGGCUUGGAUUCAUUUGCAAGCGUACAAUUUGCCUUCAUUACCCACACAUUAUCAAUACAGCAACCCAGCGCAUACAACCGUGGUAUGGCUAGGUACAAAAGUGGGUCUCACCAAGUUGGCUAUCUACGAGGACCCGAAGGCGAUUCAGAAUCAGGCAAUGAGACCGCCGGUUGUGUGUAAACUGAAUGAGCUGUUGCUCGGUCGAAGUUUGGAUUUACUCAGCCGGUCUGAGUCAUUUACGAAUGGUAAAGGCUCGCCAAUCGGUGCACAGACCCCAGGAAUAAAGCACACCCAAAACGCGGAUUCAGACAGUCUGAUUCUGCGCUAUAUCCCACGAGCUUCGAGACGCGUUGAUCAUUCAUUGAUCAGAGAUCAGCCAGAGGAAAUACGCCAAAUUGGUGUUUAUUUCCCGCGAAUCUUUGUCAUCACAGACCGACAAUUGCUUUGGUUACCGUUGACAGAUUGUGCAAUUUAUAAAACCUAUGACGAAUGCAUUCGUUCCCAUGAUCCGCAUUGCGGUUGGAGCUGGCCUGAAUCGCGCUGUGCAAACGGGUAUGACUUUCUCUCGACAACCACGACCCGAAGUAGCACAUCCUGGUUCAAUGCUUAUUCACCGUCGAUCGAUCGAAGUCGUCCUGAAAAUGCACAAUGCCCCACCGAGGAUAAAAGUAUUGGUCCGAAAGGGCAGUCUGGUGCUUGGUCCAGUUGGUACACUUGUCGUUGGUUAGAUGGUGAUGAGUCGCCGCGUUAUGAGGCGAUCGAUGAAGCCAGUGUGCCGGUCAAAAUAUACAGUCGACCUUACGGUAGCUGUCGCUGUCGUGUUUGUCUCAGUCGAACUGAAUGUGUUCUUGGGACACAGGAAGUGAUUAAUUGUACACUCACAGUUGUAAGUCGUUACAAGAUGGACUUUGAUGAUGAUGAUGAUGAUGAUGAUGAUGAUGAUGAUGAUGAUGAUGAUGAUGAUGAUGAUGAUGAUGAUGAUGAUGAUGAUGAUGAUGAUGAUGAUGAUGAUGAUGAUGAUGAUGAUGAUAAUGAUGUUGACGAUGAUGAUGUUUCGAAUGAUGAUGAUGAUGAUAAUGCUGAUGAUGCGGAUGAUGAUGAUGAUGAUGAUGAUGAUGAUGAUUUGGAUGAUGAUGAUUCAGAUGAUGAUAGAUGA